ACACACUCUGGACUUUUCAAGCUGUGAACAACUGCCAGCUCCUCUCGUUCCUUUCAUUUUCUAUUGUUUCCUCACUCUGUCUUGAGAGCUUGAGAGGAGUAAUCAUGAGGAACCAUAGAUGAGGACUACUGGAAGCAAUUCCCGGUGAAAUUAACCAAUUUCCUGCUGGAUUCAUCAUGACAGAGAAGGAAGCAAUUCAUUUGGCCUAGACUAGUGGAUGCCCCUCUAAAGGUUUGCUCAGGAACUGUUACAACAGGGUUUGGUGGACAAUGCAGACUCGUUUGAACAUUAUAAUUUCCUCAGGUCUCUUGAUGACUCUUCUGAGACCUUGUGGAGCAUCUAGAAGCUGUCCAUCAGGCUGUUCAUGCAAUGUCAACCACACAGACUGCAGUGACCUUAACCAACUGGCUUCCUUGGACUCCAUCCUUGACCAGCUUCCUUUCGACACAAGCUACCUUAACCUCUCAAAUAACAACUCCACCACUGUGGAACCUGGAAGUUUUUCCAAUUUUAGUGGCCUGCUACAUCUAGACCUCUCCAGAAACCUUCUCUCCAGCAUCAACCCUGGGUGUUUUUCUAAUCUGAGCAGACUGCUUCACCUAGACCUCUCCAGAAACCUUCUCUCCAGCGUUUUCGCUUCGAGUUUCUCCCACUUGAAUAACCUGGAGGUCUUGGAUCUCUCUGAAAACCUCCUUGUGAGGCUCCCCGUUAACUUGUUCUCUGACCUCGGCAGCCUAACAGAACUGGCUCUGAGCGACAACAAGCUUAACGAACUGAAUCCAGAUCAGUUCAAAGGCCUGACUGAGCUUAGGCGUCUAGAUCUUUCCUUGAACAGUCUCAGCUCCGUGCCUACACACCUACUGGAUGGGCUCCAGAAUCUAGUGUGGCUCUCACUUAUGGGCAACAGGCUGAGAACUCUGCAGCAGACUUCACUCGAGCCAGCAACAGCUCUACGACACCUUCUGCUCGAGGGAAACCCAUGGAAUUGCAAUUGCAAUGUAAUUCCACUCAAGCAUUGGCUGGAAUGGAUUAUAUAUACAGGUGGCAGUGUCGAUUCUGCCAACUGCUCCUUUCCUGCUAAUUUGCAUGGUAAGGAUCUUCGCAUUAUCCCUAUGGAGAUGUUCAGACACUGUUACCCCCUCUAUCUCGAGAGCAGGAGCCCAACUGCUGCUGAAGGCCAUCAGGUACCAGUCGGGUCGGCCGGAGACUGCAUGCCCCAGCGCUACCGGUCUGUGAGUGUGCGUCGAGCGACUGCCACAGUGGUGGUAGCUGGGGUGGUGUGUGGCGUUGUGUGUGUGAUGAUGGUGGUAACAGCCACCUACGGAUGCAUCUACGCAAUUCUGAUGGCUCACGGACAGCAGCAGCUGACAGAGGGAAACAGCCAGCAGCAACAGCUGCUGAUGGUGGCUAAGGAACCAGAGCAGGAUGAAAAGGAGGAUCUGAUGCCAACAAUCGGAAAGGGAGCACAAGCCACAGACUGUGUAGGGUGGAUAGCAUUUCCUCCAGAAGUGUGUGUUUAAAGCACAUGAGGAACAACUGGAAGCUACAGUUUAUCACUGAUGUACAUAUAUUUAUGUAAUGUAUGUUUGGGAGCAAGAGUUGGAGAGCAAAUGACCGAACGUAGGUCAGGAGCAAUUACAGCUCAUACAAGCUGGUUCAAAAAGACUCAAAGAGACAAAUAUAAUAAACUAGUAGCUGUUAAGCAGAUUUAAGGAAUAAAAAAAGAAAAUAUUGAAUAUGAUUUCAUGUAAUCUUCUAUAUUUUCCUAUGAAUUCUCCUAACAAACCAACUCUAUGUAUGAUUUCUUAUAGUCGCAAUCAAUCAGUUAAUUAGCAUAUUAAAUAGUACACUUUUCUAAAAUUGAGAAACAGAAUAAUAUUUUGUAUAUGUAUGUUCAAUAUUUAAGUGACGUAUGUCUACAUUAAAGGAUGCACCAAUAUUCUGGUCGAUAUAAAUACGUUGGUUAUUAUUUUCAUGUUAUUAAAAUUCUAUAUCAUUUGCUCAAAAUAAAUGAAAAAUAAUACAUUAACAACUAGUUAAUGUAACAAUACAUUCUAAUUCACAGAAUGAAACAUAGAUGUUCAUUUUUAUAUGUGCGAAAGAUUAUAUUUAACAGUGUCAUUAAAUAUUAGCUUAUUCAAACACAAAAGACUAACUCUGAGCAUUAGAUGGUGGCAAAGGUAUUAUAAAUUUAAAAAUAGAGGAAAUGAGCAUAAAGAAUUAAAUAUUUAAUAUCAGCCCAAAAAAUUCUAAUAUGGUCUCAGAAUUUUGGACACCACUCCAUUUUGUAUAAUUAGUAAUGUGCUGAAUGAUCACAAAAUGUUAUGUUGAAUGUAAAAUCAGAUUUCAGCAGACAAUGGUAGACAGAUAUCUUACCUCCAGCAACAGCUGUUCUCUUCCCUUCAGUGACCGUCACAGAUGUUACCGCCACAAAAGUGUUCUUGCCUGUUGGACAGAGGUCAAAGCGUACAGAAGUCGAUAAAACACAUGGAAACUGUAGCACUGCAACAAAUCCAUUUUAACGACUGAUUUUUUUAAGCACCUUUGUUUAUAUCAUCAUGCGGGACAUAGAAGAGGAAUUGACCAGGUUUGUUCUCAGCUGCCAUGCGAUACCAAAUGGGAAAGUGGUCCACCGUGAAGAGGUUCUCUUUGUCCACAGGGGUCAAGAACUUCCUGUGAGAUCAAAGUAUUAAGAAAUUUAGAGAAAGACCGGAAUCUCAAAGUUUUUUUUGUUUGAAUAACAUAUUUUAAAUGAGAAAUUAAAUCCCACAAUGGUAUCAAAUGACUUCUCUUUAUCUCAAAACACUUUAUUUUAGGUGGUACAAAUGAGAAUACAUGAGAAUUAACAAAUCACUCACUUUCCAACACGUUUCUCACUUCCUGCAUAUCUGAUCACACGCAUGAGCCCAGAGCGCGUUCCCAGGAAAGCCGACUCCAUGCCUUCAUCUACGCUAUACAGAGAUAAAAGCAAAGAAAGAAAGAUUAAAAACCAUGACUCCAUGAUUUUUUUCUCCAAAAUGUUCUUUAAAAUAAAAAAGGGGCGCACAACAUACAGAGAUUAAUGAAAGCCUCUUACCCUGGGG